UGUUUAAUUACCCCUAUUAAGCUUUAUAUAAACGUGUACUGCUUUUAUCCCCCUCUCUAUUUUUUUCUCUCUCCAACCCUGUCUUUUUCUCACUGUUGUCUGAAUGCCAGCAUAGCUGCUCAAGCUUUUUCUUCUCCCUAUUGUCUGGCCCUAUUGGCUUUCUCACUAAUUAGCGCUGCUGUUCUGAGGAUAACUAUUGCAAUAAAUUGUAUUAUUAACAAAGAAAGGUAAUACAAAACAGCAAACAUUCGUCAAAAGACAGGGCCAAAUGCACAAUCGUGGAGGCAGAAAUAGAUUUAUGAGCAUGUUGUGAAUGAGUGAGAGAGGAUGGGUGGGAUUAGUUUAGGAAAACUCAAAGCUAAAUCUGAGGCCUGUCAGAUUACAGAUAGGAACCCAUGAAGACAAGCACUACACUAAAACGAGUUGUUUGCAGGGAAACCAUCACACAUUUUUAAAACCACAGAGGAAUGCCUCUAGACGUGGAGAAGAUUAUUCAGUUUAUCAAACAAGGUGACCAGGACAAUGUUCAAAUCCAUCUGGAUGAUUACAACGCUCAGUACUCGCAAUGUUUCUUUUUUGAUGUGGAAGAAAGGGAGAGAAGAAAGCAAAGAGAGCUGGAUGAGUUCCGUAGGAAUAAAGUGAGAGAGUAUGUUCCAGACUCAGACUCCGAUUUUGACUUUGAUGAGAAUGAGGAUCCAGAUCUUGUUCUGCGGAGGAGGCUUGCUGCAGCUCUGAUCUUGUUUAUUCGCAUGCGGCUGCAGCCGGGCGUUUUGAGGGUGUGUUUGCGAACUCUGCGAAUCAUCUCACGGGACCGAAAGGCCUUGGCCCCCUUGAUCACAGACUAUGCCAUUCUAACUCUCGCUCGACUCGGGGGAAUCUCCACCCUGCCUACCUGGCCUGAAGAAGAGGCUGCCCAGUGGGGCUCCUCCCACAGUGACAUCACUCCUGAGAAUGAGACGGAGACACGCCCAGAAAAUAAUGACAGCAAUACCCAAAGCCCAACAUGUUUCAGUGAGACAGAUGAUUCAGUCUUUGCCUCCGCAGCCUGUGCUGAGUCUUCGGUCAGUGAAGGAUGUUUGCAAUUCAAUCCUGUGAAUUUAACAUCUAACUGUACUGGAGCACAAAACGACCACCAUGAAGAAAGCAUAAGGAAAGAUGGGGUCUGUGGGAUGUUGAUGAGAGGAAAGAGGGAUGCCAGAGGUGAAAAGGAUGAGGAGGGCCAUGAUGAUGGAGAGAUCUGGAGGAAAGAGGCAAUAAAGGCUCUGUGCAAUGUCAUCUACAACAGCACGAAAGCACAAGAGAGAGCCAGCACCCUGAAGUUGCUCCCUGGCCUGUCAGAGAGACUUAAGGAGGGGAUACAUUCCUCAUCACCUCCAAUUGGUCAAUUUUAUGAACUGCGGUUUCUGUUUCUCUUGACUGCUUUACGGCCUGAACUUAGGAUAGAGCUCCGCCAGGAGCGCGGUGUGUCCAUGCUGACUGCAGCUCUGGAACAGUGUUUAGAAGUGUGCUGGGGUGAAACGCAUGAGGUGCUGACUGACCUGACAGCACCCCCUGUGUGUAAGGAGGUUUCACAACGUGCCCUUGAGAUUCUGAAGAUCCUAUUCAACAUUACCUAUAAUGUGCACAGACAGGAAGUAGACGAGGAGGCUGCGGCUUUGUAUCGUCACCUAGCUGCAGUCCUGCGUCACUGUCUGCUCGUGAACUGUGAGGGAGAGGAAAGAAAAGAGGAGCUGCAAGGACACACAGUAAAUGUCCUCUCAGCGCUCCCUCUGCAAUGCCUGGAUGUUCUGCUAUCCGUUCGCCUAUCCGAAGGUUCAAAGGAGUCCAGCGGAGUCAACAUGGACUGUGUCCACACUUUGCUGCUCUUUAUGGAGAAGAGACUGGACAGAGGCCAUACGCCAAAGGAAAAGUUGACUCCAGUCUUAAACCUGUUGACGGAGAGCAGCAAAGCACACAGGGAAACUAGGCACUAUCUCAGACAGCAGAUCCUGCCUCCCCUGAGAGACGUUGAGCUGAGGCCUGAACAGGGGAACACACUGAGAAGCAGACUAGUGCGACUAAUGACCCAUGUCGACACUGAUAUCAAACAAUGUGCAGCUGAGCUUCUUUUUGUGCUCUGUAAAGAAAAUGUGAGCAGGUUUGUGAAGUACACUGGUUACGGUAAUGCAGCGGGGCUGCUGGCAGCGCGGGGUCUUUUGAAAGGCCAUGGCCCUUCUCCUCAACAGCAGUACUCCAGUGACUCUGACUCAGACACAGAGGAGUACAGACAGGCCAAGGACAGGAUUAACCCUGUGACGGGACGGUUGGAGGAGGAACAGCCUGAUCCAAUGGAAGGGAUGACUGAAGAAGAGAUAGAGGCAGAGGCGCUCAAUCUCAUAAAUAUAUUCAACAGGCUGUCACGGGACAGGAUCAUUCAGCCAGUGGGAGUGACCACGGACGGCAAACUGGCGCCGCUGUGUGGCCAGACGAGGCACUGCGCUGUGCAGGAGGAGGAAGAGGAGGAGGAAGAUGACAGUGAGACAGAACAAUAAUGGAGCUGAUGAUUAAUGAGAGACAGGUGCAAGAUAUUUUAUACUAAUGACUGAUAUAGGGAUAAAAUAAUGGUGCAACUAUAAAUUCAAUAACUAAGUUAUAAAUAAGUUAUUUGUUCAUUUAAUAUGUUGUUGUAAUCAAGGGACGUAAAAGCAAAUGAUUUUGAGAAAAAAAAAACUGUAUAAUGUGUAAAGAGAAGAAUAAGGGAGAGACAACAUUUUUUACAUUUUAAUGUGCACAAAAUAGCGGAGAAUAUCAUUUCUAUGUAAUAACUCUUGUGAGUCACGAUAUGCGCUAGAAAGAGUGAAAUAGGAAGCUAUUAGGCAAAGGAGAAAGAAAGAGACAGAGAGAGAGACAGGCAUCACACCAAAGACAGAUAAACGCUCCUGGAAAAUGCUGCUGGUGUUGCCAUGGUUAUGUUACCAUGGUAACAACAGGAAAUGCAGUUCCACAGAUUCUUUUUUUCUUGCGCUCGAGCAGGAGUAGAAUGUUUACCUUGA